ACGGCCCCGGAUCAGAGAGGGCUUGGGAGGCCUGCCCCAACUCCGGACUCCGUCCCAGAAGGUGGCCGCCGGCUGGAGCGGCGCGGUCAUGGGCCGAGGGGUGCGCGUGCUGCUGCUGCUGGGCCUGCUGCACUGGGCCGGGGGCAGCGAAGGCAGGAAGACCUGGCGGCGCCGCGGCCUGCAGCCGCCCCCGCAGCCGUCCGAGGAUGCGCCCGCGGCCGGACGGCCGGUGGAGAGCUUCCCGCUGGACUUCACGGCCGUGGAGGGCAACAUGGACAGCUUCAUGGCGCAGGUCAAGAGUCUGGCGCAGUCCCUGUACCCCUGCUCCACGCAGCAGCUCGACGAGGAGCUGCGGCUGCACCUUCUGCCCAACACCUCGGUGACUUGCAACGACGGCAGCCCCGCCGGCUACUACCUGAAGGAAUCCAAGGGCAGUCGGCGGUGGCUCCUCUUCCUGGAAGGCGGCUGGUACUGCUUCGACCGGGAGAACUGUGACUCCCGCUACAACAGCAUUCCGCACUUCAUGAGCUCCACGGACUGGCCGCCCACCCGCACAGGCACGGGGAUCCUGUCCUCCCAGCCAGAGGAGAACCCCCACUGGUGGAACGCCAACAUGGUCUACAUCCCCUACUGCUCCAGUGAUGUCUGGAGUGGGGCGUCACCCAAGUCCGACAAGACUGGAUACGCCUUCAUGGGCGCCCUCAUCAUCCAGGAGGUGGUGCGAGACCUGCUGGGCAAGGGGCUGGGCAGCGCCAAGGUGCUGCUGCUGGCCGGCGGCAGCGCGGGGGGCAUCGGGGUGCUGAUGAACGUGGACCGCGUGGCUGAGCUGCUGCAGGAGCUGGGCUACCCGGCCAUCCAGGUGCGGGGCCUGGCCGACUCGGGCUGGUUCCUGGACAACCAGCAGUACCGCCGCACGGAAUGCGAGGACACCAUGACCUGCGCGCCCACCGAGGGCAUCCGCCGAGGCGUCAGGUACUGGAACGGGCUGGUCCCGGAGCGCUGCCGGCGCCGGUUCCCGGAGGGCGAGGAGUGGAACUGCUUCUUCGGCUACAAGGUCUACCCGACCGUGCGCUGCCCGGUGUUCGUGGUGCAGUGGCUGUUCGACGAGGCCCAGCUGAUCGUGGACAAUGCGUACCUCAAUGGGCCGCCGGUGCAGGAGGGCCAGUGGCUGUACAUCCAGAACAUCGGCCGGGAGCUGCGGCACACCUUCAAGGACGUGUCGGCCGCCUUCGUCCCCUCCUGCGUCUCCCACGAGGUCAUCCUCGAAAGCCACUGGACAGACAUCCAGGUGAAGGGGACCUCGCUGCCUCGGGCCCUGCACUGCUGGGACAGAAGCCUCCAGGACGGCCCCAAGGCCGGCAAGGCCCCUCUGAAGGGCUGCCCCAUCCACCUGGUGGACAGCUGCUCCUGGCCGCACUGCAACCCCUCCUGCCCCGCCAUCCAGGAUCAGCACACGGGCCAGGAGAUGAGCGUGGCCCAGUUCCUGCUGCACCUGGGUGUCGACAUGCACACCGUGGCCCAGCAGCAGGGCCUGGAGCCGGGCCGGCUGCUGGGGAUGCUGGGCAGUGGGAGCUAGGCCGGCCGCCCGGGGCUGGCCCGCCGCCCUCCUGCCACCCCCCGGGGCAGACAGGGCCCCCCCCCGCCCCCCGCAGCCUUCACUGCCCCUCUGUCACCGCCGACGGGAGGCCCAGCCGCGCCCGGUGGCCUUGGGACCCCUCCGCCCGCCCGCCAGCCCCGCCCGCCUCCAGCCCGCGGCGGCGGGGAGCCAGAGCACUGGAUUCCCCAGCACCCCCGCCCCCCACGCCCCCAGCCAGCCCCGGCCUCCCCUGCCCUCUCGUAUUAUUUUAUAAAGUGACUUUUUUAUUACCUUAAUUUUUAAAGAAGGAAAAUAAGCAAGAAAUAUAUGAUGAAUGAUAUUGUUUUGUAACAUAUAUUUUUAAAUAAUGAAAAACGAGACAACGAAAGAG